GUAUCAGUAAUGAUGACAGUAUUUGUUCUUAAUCUUCAUUAUCGUGGCCCAAAAAAAAAUGAAAUACCAUUUUGGCUUCAGCAAUUAUUAAGUUUAUCAUUAGCAAAUAUUAUUCGAUCAUAUCAAAGAACAAAAAAGACAAAAAAUUUUCGUAAAAAUGAACGUGAUUCAUCAAAGAAAUAUAAAAUUCAUGACGAUGACAGAAUACGAACAAUAACCGAUGGCGCAACUGCAACGCAAAUGGAUAUGGAUGAUAAUCAAGAACGAAAGUUUUUACAUAAUAAAAAUAAAAAUCAUUCAUCAUCUCGGACAAGAUCAGUUAAUACCAUUCAUGAUGAAAUACAAGAUACAUUACAUGGUUUAUUACGUAAACAAAAAGAACUUGAUCAUGAUCUACGAGUAACAAAUGAUUGGCGUGCAAUGGCAACAAAAGUCGAUAAAAUUCUUUUUUAUAUUUUUCUUCUUCUAACUGUUAUAUCAACAUUAGGUUUACUUGUUGUUGUACCACUUUCUCGUACUAGUACUCAACAAAAAACCAAAUUAUGGAAUGGUACACGACGACCUUCUCUUUAA